GCUUCUUCGGCGAAUCCGCUUGUGUUUCACCUUAUGGCGCCAUACUUGGCGUGGCAGGCGAUGUGUUUGCGUACAGUAACUGCAUCAGAAAUUACGAUAGUAAAAGCAGGAAUAACGUUUCAAGUCAAAACAAAGAAAGCGGAUUGGAGUGGGAUUGCAUGGAGUUUGCAAGGCGGUAUUGGAUGCUUCGUGGAACUCCCGUGCGUGCAACGUUUGACUCAGUGGUCGGAGCUGCCGACAUUUGGGCACUGAACUCCGUGCGGCUUCUUGACGGAUCUAAAACGCCGCUGCUUAAAUACCCCAACGGCCUCCCACGCCGUGAUGGCGGCUCCGCUCCACGUGCCGGCGACCUGCUGAUAUACCCGCGUCAGCGGAAUGAUUUUCCGUUUGGGCACGUCGCCGUCGUUGUCGGUGUGACGAAGAACUCUGUUCUCGUUGCAGAGCAGAACUGGGACAACAAGAUGUGGCCCGGACCGUAUCACAACCACUCCCGCGAAAUCCGCAUGCUGUACAGCCCCAUCCAUGACGCCUACAACAUUACGGAGGAGGAAAACAUCAUCAUUGACGGGUGGAUGAGGUACGCCACGUAG